AUGCUCAGAUCUAUUGGUAUUUUGAAAACCUCCAUGCGCGCAUUCUCCACUGCGAGACCGUUAUUUAACACCCAAACCCCGGUGGUGCCUACCUUGACCUGGAACGAGUACUUCCAGAAGAAGAAGGAGAGAAGCUGGAUCAACACGUCCUCCGGGAUCACCACCUCCUUCCUUUCCACCACCGCCGCAUGGGCAUACAUUUCGACCGUGACCAUUGAUCCGACCCUGACGAUGUUCGGGAUGGACCCGUUGAUGGCGCUCUUUGGGGGUAUGAUGUUGUCCACCGCCACCGGCUACAUGGUUGGUGCGUCAAUCAUUGGUGAUCUCGUUUUUAGCUUGAAGAAUAGGGCGCACAUGCCAGAGUUUGUGAACAAGGAGAAGAUCUUCUUGGAGCGCAUCAUCAAGAACAGACCGGACCCUUCCAAGUCUAAUGUGGCCAACCCAGUGCCGGACUACUACGGCGAGAAGAUUUUCUGCUUGAAGGACUACAAGAAGUGGUUGAAGGAUUGUAACACUUACAAGACCAGGUCCCAUACUUUCUUGUAA